GGUGGCUUGAGUUACAACUGUCACUGUCAAAAAUGUUUAAAAUUGUAUUUUUAAACGAUAUAAAUAUAAUGUUUUCGUCGAUAAUUGCAUAAAUUAAUACUCUAAUGUAUAAGUAUAGUUAGUUAGUUUGCUUGUAUUAAAGAAUCUAGAAUUGGAACAUAUUGGUUUAGUUAUUAACCACAGUAAUAACCCUACAUUGUAUGCCACAACUAAAACAUAAAAAAUGGCUAAAUUUCAAGUAAAUACCAAGUCAAAAGAUUAUUUAAGAGAUAAAGAAGCCUUUUUAAAAGACUUAAAGCAGUUUAAUGACAGUAAAAAUAUUCCAUAUAAGAUUCCGGUUGUGAAUGGCGUUGAAAUAGAUUUAUAUUUGUUCUAUUCGUUGGUUCAACAACGUGGAGGAUUAGGGAAGGUGAAUCAAAAUGAUACCUGGGAGUCAUUUUUAAGGUUGCUUAGACUCCCACAUCCAUGUAUCAAUGGAUCUACUCUCUUGAGAAGAAUUUAUGGAAUGUAUUUAGAAAAGUAUGAGAGGGCAAAGGGUCCUCCAGGUCGUGAUGAUGACAAUGAUAUAGAUGAGGAUCCAAGAAGAGGUCGUGGAGGUGGAAUGCCUCGUAUUACUUUUGGUGGUGGUACUUACAUAUCAGCAUCAGGUGAAGCACUCCGUACCAACGUAGCGCCGAAAAUUGCUGGCCCGUCUGAACGACUGACAUUGUCGCUGCUAUCGCCUAUGCCGAAUGAACAAGACUUUGCUAUAAAUGUAUGCACAGUGUUAGCAGCGGAUCAUAACAAUCGCCUACCAUUGAGUACAACCCCACAUAUAUUGGACUUCUUAUUGGCACAUGCUGGAGUAUACAAUCAUUCAAGUCUUCGCGAUACUAUUGGUCGAUCGUAUUAUGAGGCGCGAGGUCGGUAUCCGCAUGAGUUCUGGGAGACGAGGUCUGGAGGCGGCGGGGCUAAGGAGUUGGCUGAUGAGAGCAAGUUCAUGCAGCCUGGGAUUGAGCAGCCUGAGCUGAUGGUACAAGCACUAGCGGCCCAUAAUACCCUCACGGAUUGCUUGAUGCAGGAUGGUGGGGAUGUGGAGUUGGAGAAGUUGAUUGAUGAUGGCAGCUCGAUACAGGACACAUUAGAAGAUUGGGUGACGGAGCCAUCAGAAGAGAACUUAUUGUUUGCUCCCGAGUUGCCCGGGGGCUCGGCCUGUGUGUACACACAGCGAGUACUGCAAGUCGCUUCUAUAGUACGCUCAUUGUCCUUCCAUGAGGAGAAUGUACAGUAUUUAGCUAAAAAUACUACACUUAUACGAUUUUUGUUACUCUGUGCCAAUUGUUGGGUGGGAACUCUACGUCAGAGCGGCUUGGAUACCCUCGGUAAUGUUUCCACUGAAUUGGUAAUAAAGGAUCCAGCGACGUGUUUGAUAUCUCGUCACAUUUUAUCCACGAUCCAGUCGGCGCUGGUGUCGGCGGACCGCGCGCGUGUGCUCGCAGCCUUAGAAUUACUUAACAAAUUAGCGCAGAACGAAGUUAAUGAAGAUGCAUUACUAAAAGCCUUGGAAGCUAAGGUGUACAGCGAGGUGUGCGCGCUGCUCACCCUGCGCGAUAUAAUGGCGUUAGUGUGUGCGUUGGAGUGCGUGUACGCGCUGACAAUAGCGUCGGGGGAGACGCAGCAGGCGUACGUCGGGAUACGAGCCAGGAAUCCACAGAAUAGACCCAAUCCACCUGCAGGACCAUCAUCGCCUAUAUUGAAAGCUCAGCUGACCAACAAGCCAGGAACUGUCGAAGUCAAGCCAGUUGUUGUACAAGCUCAGGCCGUGAGUGCCGCGCCGACACACCCGCACCUGUCGCAGGCGCUGGACUCGCCCUCCAACACCACACUCAUCAAGCACCUGCUCGCGCACAAAGUAAGCCCCGCCCCGCACAAGCAAGUAGCACAAAGACAACAAAGUCAACAAAGAGUGGUAACACCUUCAACAUCGAAUGCAGUAGCUGUACCCAGUGUGUCGGGAAUGGAUGUAGAUCCAGAAGCUUUGAUCAAAUGCACAACAAUAACCCCGGGCGGUGUUGCCAGUAACACGCCCGCGCUGCAGGGGGAUAAGGUGGUAAUUACAACUGAAGAAGUUUUAGCACCGAAAGAUGAACCCGUACAAAUUCAAAUAGACGAACAAACACAAUUAACUAUAAAAACAGCUCAGAAUAAAAUGCUAGCAGAUUUACUAGAGAAGAAAUCAAAUCCUCCAGUACAAGUUGUCCAAAUGAAUCCUCAAAUGAAUGCACCUACAAUACAAAUAACGGAAACCGGUCAAAUAGUACAAGUGAAAUCUGAAGCGAAUCCAGUUUUGCAAAUAAACGCGGAAUCAAGCAGUCAAUAUUUCCAAGUAAAGAACGAACAAGGCCAAUUAAUUCAAAUUAAGAACGAACAGGGCCAAGUAAUACCGUUAAAGAACGAUCAGAUGAACCCGAUGUUACAGUUCAAGAACGAUCAGGGCCAAAUCGUUCAGAUCAAGAACGACGGUCAGUUGCAGAGCGUCAUUCAAACUAAAAACGAUAAGGAUGUGGACACGGUGGUGACCGAUCAUUCGUAUACCGAGCCGCCUGUGAAAAAAUUAAAGGUCGAAGAGAAAAAAGAGACACCUCAAGAGAGUGUAUCUAAGACGGCAGCUAACUUGUACGCCGCGUUGGCCGCCUCUGCUUUAGAAGACGAAGAAGAUCUGCUGCCAAAUAAACAAGAGCCCGCAGAAGUACCGCCUCCGGUGCUGGUUCCAAGCUCAUCUGAUACUGGAUCUGUUAUUAUACAAGAGCCCUUACUGCAGGUGCAUCAACCAAGUAUGCAAGUUCAGCAACCAACAAUGCAAGUGCAACAACCAACCUUGGUUCAGCAACCAACUAUGAUGCAGAGCUCUACUAUGCAGAUGCAGCAACCGACGCUGCAAAUGCAACAACCUAUGCUGCAAGUUCAACCUAUGGAUGUACAGAAUAUUCUAGCGUCGCAGUCUGGACAGAUUAUACUGCAAGGUGGUUUGGGUUACAUAGCCCAGAAUAUACCUGGUAACAUGAUGCAGAAGACGAUUAUAAUUGUCCAGGGACCAACAGGCGGCGGACCACUCACUCUUACCGUGAACAACCCAUCGGGUCUGGACGAGGCGACUCUAAACAGCCUUAUUACCCAAGCAACAGAGGCGAUAACCCAACAGCAAAUUAUGCAGAACACGGGAGUUAUACAAUCGGCUCAGAGGGUGAUUGUGAGUCAACCGACACUGGUGAGCACAUCACAGCCCAUCACUAUGGUCAAAACUGCCUUAGCACAGAAUACACCACAAAUAACUGCGAGCCAACAACCAAUAAUAACUUCUCAGCCCCAACCACACAAAGCACAAAUGGUCACACCACAAACCCAACAAAUCGUUGUAUCGAAACAGGCUCCAGCAUUAAUCAGUACGUCAACAAGCAACCAAAUUAUACAAGGCGGUCAACAAAUUAUACAAAGCGGUCAACAAAUUAUACAAGGAGGUCAACAAAUGAUACAAGGAGGUCAACAAAUUAUACAAGGCAAUCAACAAAUUAUUGCCGUGUCAAACAAUCAGCAGAUUAUAAUGAACGCACCUUUGAAACCCGGUGUGCAUAGAGUAAUGCAGCCGCAGAGAAGUCAAGUGGUAAAUACUGUGACGCAGCCUGUGGUGGCGCAGAGUGAGGCCAAAACAACUGUGAUACAAAGCAGUCCGAAACCACAACAGCCGGUGAUGCGGCAAGUCAUCACUCGGCAACCAAUAAUGGUGGGGAAUACAAAAAUAGGCGACAAAGAGGUCGUCACUCAAACUGUAGAGAAGCCACCGACUCCGAAACCGACAGUGACACCACCGCCUGUGGCAUCCACGUCACUGUCCGCUGAUGACACACCCUGGAUAUGUCACUGGAGGGGAUGCGGCAAAUCGUUCGGCAACGCGACGGAGGUGUUCAGCCACGCGGCGCGCUCGCACUGCCCGCGCGCGGCCGCUGGCGAGGCGGCAUGCCAUAGAGAAUUGAUGGAUGAGAACGAAGGUCCUGUCACUAAGAGCAUACGGUUGACAGCUGCCUUGAUUCUAAGGAAUAUUGUGAUUUACUCCAAUACAGGGAGGCGACAACUGCGUCCGUACGAAGCGCAUCUUGCGUCGAUUGCGCUGAGCACGGUGGAAGCUUCGAGAACGAUUGCCCAAGUUCUAUACGAUAUGAACAAUAUUUGAGAAUCACUUGACGGCUCUAAGCCGAGAAAAAAAUAGCAGAAUUAACACGUGUGACGUCACUAUGACGUAAUGUGACGUGAUUGUGUUAUGUUGGCAACACUGACUGAAAUGGACAAAUUAUUGCCAGUGAGAAAAAAUAAAUGUACAUAAUAAGGUUCUUUUAGUUAAGGUUGAUUUAAAAUUAGAAUUUAGUAGUAAAAAAUUGUUUAAUCAAUUAAAGUUGGUAUUUUUAGGUUAGAAUGGUAUUGUUACUUGAGAUAGAGCCUCAGAUGUUUUGUGAUUUUUUCAUCAUAAUGUAAGGAUGGUAUCUACAUAAACUUAAAGUUAUUUGUAAAACUAAGUUAUAGUACUGUUUAGUAUCGAUUGUGUAACUGUAUGAUGUAAUUACCUAAAUAUUGUAUUUU